UCAGAUUACUUUGUGAAACUUUUUGUCAGUACUUUGAACAGCCCCUCCGCUGCUGUCCCAAACUACAGGGGCCGCGCAUGCGCCAUGCCGCGGGUGUCCAGCACAUUGGAAGUGUCGGAAGUUUAGUAGCAGUGAUUCAGCCCAUCAGGCUAAUACUAGAGACACGGUUCCAUCGUAAAAAAAACUGAUUUUCGGCGACAAAAAGUGUGUUUGGACGGAACCUCCUAUCCCACAGUGAACCAUGGAGGACUACUGAUGGAUUUAAACAGUUUUUCACUGUUUCAUGUGCACAAACAGCAGCGUUACAUAGCUUUGAAAGAAGUUGUGAUUGUUUUUUUGGCGCUCUGGCAGCGCAGAGGAAAGAUGGAGGAUCUGCGGGUGUAGCAGCGAGCUAACGCUAGCUGGCUACUCGUCUACUGGCCAGCGACGUUUAGGGACAAACCUGAUCUGCUCGCUGCUGUGUGGAAAAGUUUGGAUGCUUUGAUUCAAGAUACUGACGGUGCCUGACCUACUGUUCAUGUUUGCAGAUCCACUAAAGCAUGAGUGUCCCUCAGGCUCUGAGGAUGGGACCAGGGCAACUGGAGGCAGGAUCUAGACAUCAGAUGGUGCUCUGAAGAAGCCAUGGGUAGCUGUUUAAGCUGUCCAGAGAAAAAGUCCAUUCCAGAUAAUCAUCAGAGUAAAUUCAAGGUGAUCAAUGUGGAUGACGAUGGGAACGAGCUGGGCUCUGGUGUGAUGGAGCUGACUGACACCGAGCUCGUCCUCCACACCCAUCGCCGUGAUGACGUCAGGUGGCCUUACCUGUGCCUACAGUGCUAUGGCUACAAUUCCAACCUGUUCUCCUUUGAGAGUGGCCGCUGCUGCCAGACAGGCCAAGGUAUUUUUGCCUUCAAAUGUUCUCGAGCUGAGGAGAUUUUCAACAUGCUGCAGGAGGUGAUGCACAGUCACAGCAUCAGUGUGGUGGAGGAGGCGGUGCUGGAGCCGAGCCACUCAGCAGCACACACUCCUGCAGCUCUGGGGUACUCAGUGCCGAACGGUGUGACCAGGACCCCUUCUGUGGCCGAGGCUCCGUCUCACCCCUCCACCCGUCACCCUUCUGUUGCCAGCACUCGUCUGCCCUCUCUAGGGGAGGAGUCCACACACCCUCUGCUGGUGGGCGACGAAGUGGUUCACACCUACGUGACUCCAGUGAAGACGUCGUCGCUCAAUGGCUACAACCACCACCCUCAGCACGGUCUGCUGCACCACUCCUACUCCCACCCUCUGUCUGCCGCUCUCGAGCCCUCACACAACUAUGUCAACACAGAGAACGUGACGGCACCACUUAGCGCCCACCGGCCGGACACGGCCCGCCGGCGCACAGAUGGACCCACCAUCUUCAACUUUGACUUCCGCCGGCCUCCGCUGCCAGGCCACCCGGAGCCACCCAAAACCCUCAACUACAUUGAGGUGGAGAUGGACAACAGUGCAGGGAAUAAGGGUGCUUCAGACGGCAGCAACCCCCACACGCCUCGCACCCCCACCUCCCCCUUGCCCCCGACCACACCCACACGCCGCACGGAGCUCUACGCCCUCAUUGACAUCGAGCGCACUGCCGCUAUGUCUAACCUGCAGAAGGCUCGGCCCCGAGACGACGGCACGUCACGCAAGACGAGACACAACAGCACGGAGCUGCCCACCAAAAGCACUGUGUGACACGCACCUUCUACUUCCUGUUUGUAACAACAGAGUGGUUGUUGGUCCCUCGGAAGACUCCACCUCCACCUGACCUAAUGACUUCCUGUUUGGUCACCUGCUCAGGUAGACCUGAUGAAUGAACCUGGUGAUAUGAUACCUCUGAUGAGUUAGUGUGCAGAGCGGCAGGCGAGGACGAUGUUAA